AUGCCGCCUCACGGGGGCCGGUUUCCCGGUCACAACCUCUCGAAUCCUUUCGCACAUCUCUCAGGCCCAAUACCACAGCAGCAACAGCCAAUGCACCAACAACACCAGCAGCAAAACAUACAACACCCAGGCUUCGGUGGCGGCAACCAGGCCCACAACCUGAAUCUCUUCAGUCAACAUCAAGGCGGCUUCCAAUCAAAUGCAGCGCUGGGCGGUGCGUUAGGAGCGGCAGGUCUGGGAGCGGCGGCAGCAAUUGGCGGGGCAGGCGGAGGGACAGGACUCGAUGGACAUGAAGCGCGUAUGCGCUUCGCCCAUGGCGCACAAAUACAGGAGAACGCAGCUCGUGGUCAAGAUGGCGCUAAAGGCAUCGCAGGGCAGCGGAUACGAGAAGUUUGGCGGUCAAACCUACAUCAGGAAAUGGAUAUGCUGCGCUCGCUCAUCGAUCAGUACCCCUACAUCAGCAUGGACACCGAGUUUCCCGGUGUUGUCGCACGACCUAUCGGAGACUUCAACUCGAAAGCCUCCUAUCACUACCAGACAGUGCGUUGCAACGUCGACUUGCUCAAGAUCAUUCAACUUGGCGUCACUCUUUUCAACGUCCAAGGCGACAUCCCGCCAUCACAUCUCGACAUCUCAGAACUAAACUACAAGCCAAAGUCGAUGCAGCGAUAUGCGAACAACAUCGUUGUCUGCCCAUGCACAUGGUCGUUCAAUUUCCAAUUCUCUCUCGAAGACGACAUGUACAACGAAGAGUCAAUACAGAUGCUAAAGAAAUCUGGCGCCGAUUUCGAAAAGCAUAGGGACCAAGGCAUUGAUCCUCAAGAGUUCGGCUCGCUGCUCACAACAUCCGGAAUGACUCUGUCCGAGGAUGUCAACUGGAUAUCGUUCCAUUCUGGCUAUGACUUCGCUUACAUGCUGAAGAUGCUCACUUCGAAAUCACUACCCGAAGAUGAGGACACUUACCGCAAGCUCGUUAACGUUUUCUUCCCCAAGUUACUGGACGUCAAGUAUCUCUGGCGGCACGCGAACAACCUUGUCAGGCGCGGUGUUAUCGGAUCGACUGCAACCAACAUACUCAACAACCUGGGCACAAAAUCAGGCCUUCAAGAUCUCGCUGACGAGCUUGGCUGCCAGCGUGUGGGAAACUCGCAUACAGCAGGCUCUGAUGCGUGGCUAACGGGUGUUGUCUUUUGGGAGAUGAAGAAGAAGAUCUUUGAUGGAACAGUUCCUGACGAGAUGAGCGGCCACAUGUGGGGUCUUACCGGCGUUGGUCCACCAGCCAGUGCGACGGCGCAGGCUGCUGUUCUCGCUGCACAGGGUGCUUCACAGGGUCUGACAGGCUUCCAACAAGGUGUCAACAACACUUUCUAUCCCGGUAACGCAAGACACGGUGUCGACGGACCAAGUACGCCCACCAACCACCCAGCGGGUCUCGCAUCAAACACCCCUGGACCAAGCGGCAUGAUGACACCAGGAGGAUACGGCGGAUAUGGCAACAAGUAG